AUGCCAGAAGGUACCAUCGUCUCUAACGUCGAAGAAAAGUCUGGUGACAGAGGUGCUUUAGGUAGAACCUCUGGUAACUACGUUAUUAUCAUCGGACACAACCAAGACGAAGGUAAGACCAGAGUUAAGUUACCAUCUGGUGCUAAGAAGAUUCUUUCUUCCGAAGCUAGAGGUGUCAUCGGUGUUGUUGCCGGUGGUGGUAGAAUUGAUAAACCAUUAUUAAAGGCUGGUAGAGCUUUCCACAAAUACAAGGUUAAGCGUAACUCUUGGCCAAAGACCAGAGGUGUUGCUAUGAACCCAGUUGAUCACCCUCAUGGUGGUGGUAACCAUCAACAUAUUGGUAAGGCUUCUACUAUCUCCAGAGGUGCUGUUCCAGGUCAAAAGGCUGGUUUAAUCGCCGCCAGAAGAACUGGUUUGUUACGUGGUACUCAAAAGACUCAAGAUUAG